AUGUCAUUCAAUAAGAAUCCAUUUGACCUUUUAGGUAAUGAUCAAGUAGAAGAAACUAGCCGUCCUCCUCUUCCAAAGGAAAUUGUCAAGAAAACAACUUCUUCAAAGAAAGCUGAUGUUGCUCCAACCAAAACUACUCGUCCACUAAAAAACUCUCGUUCUAAACCAACUGGUAAUGAAGCAGUCUUCAGAUCAAAGGAUUUAAUUCGUAAUCCAAACAAAACCAGACCAACUGAUGCUCCAGCCUCAACCAUUAACCCACGUCGUGCAAAGAAAGACUUUGUUGGUGACCGUCAAUCAAGAACUGGUAAAACCGAUUCUGCCAAAAAGAUUAAACAAGCAUGGGGUGAUGACGACAAAGAAUUAGACACCGAACUUGCUGCUGCUCAAGAUGUCGCUGAGGAAAAAGUUGAAGAAAAAGUUGAAGGUGAAGGUGAAGAAGAAGAAGAACCAAAAGAAACCGGUCCAGUUCAACAAACUUUGGAAGAAUAUCUUGCUUCUUUAAAAGUCGAAACUGAAGGUUUAGCUGCUACCCCAGUAAGAAAAGCUAACCAAGGUUCCGAAAGCAAAUGGAACGCUAAUGAAGUUUUAGUCAAAGAAAAAGAAGUCUUUGUUGAAUCUUCUUUAUCAAAAAAAGUUAAAUCUAAAUCAAAGAAAGAAAAGCAACACUUGGAUUUUGAAGCCACUUUCUUUGAUGAACUUCCAAGAGGUGGAAGAGGCAGAGGUGGCUUCAGAGGCAGAGGUGGCUCUAGAGGUGGUUCUAGAGGUGGCCCCAGAGGUGGCUCCAGAGGUGGAAGAGGUCCAUUCAAAGGUUCCAGAGAUGGCAGAAGCAAUGGCAGAAGUGCAAAUCCAGACACUGAAAAGAAAUCUGUUGUUAUCGACGACGCCAACUUCCCAUCAUUGUCUUAA